UGUUUAUAUAAACAUAUCACUUGAUAUUGUAUACAGUACAUACAUGCAUAUAAUACAUAGGUCGCGGAGGGUAUAGUGUAUGAAAAUGUCGAAGUUCCAAUCGCUGGGUCUAGAUCCCCGGCUAGUCAAGACACUCGCGCGAGCAAAAUUCUCUGUGCCCACAAGAAUACAACAAUUGGCCAUACCCCAUCUAUGCAACGAUGCGAAGAGUCACACACUGUUGGGUGCAGAGACAGGUAGUGGUAAGACAUUGGCGUAUCUUCUACCGACACUGCAACGCUUAAUAGAGUCCCCCAGAUAUAUGAAUAACAACUUAGAUAAUGACGCAGAUACAAAUAUAAAUAGAGAGAAGGCCCUGAUACUACUACCCACGAGUGAACUGGUCACGCAAGUGUACAACGUGGCUUCGGUGUUUGCUAAAGGGGUGGAUGUGGGUGUGAGCAUGGCCAGUCGGUUUCAUCGUAUGAGUGUGUUUGAGAACACACGACUGAUUGUGGGCACACCUGCUGCAUUGCUUUCUUACCCACAUUCUGAUCGCACUGAGGGGAUCACGAAGCUCGUGCUCGAUGAAGCGGAUCUGCUGCUGAGUCCGAGCAUGUUGCCAUCUGUACAGGCACUCUUGGCCGACAUAGGGCACACACCACAGACCAUCCUCGCAGCAGCCACGCUCCCCACAGCAGGCACCAAAUCACUCGACAACACCGUCAAUCGGAUGUUCCCCAAAGCAGUCCGACUCAGCACAGAGGGAUGGCAUCGCACCGUAUCACACCUAGCCCAGGUGAUGGUACGCGUGCGAGACGAGGACAAGGCCGCCCUGAUUGCCGAUGUACUGAAGCGGCAUAUGGUGUCGCCUAUAGUGCAGGCGGAUUUUGUGCACAUCAAACAGCUUGGCAAUGCCGCAAGCGCUAACCAGCCAAAGGGUGUGCGAGCGUCAACGUCAAUGCCGCGUGUGCUGGUAUUCGCCAACACCGCCCAAUCGGCCGAGGAUGUGUACCGAGCCCUCGACAAGGAGUUGCAGUACGCGGGGAAGGCGCAUGUGUGUGCACUCUUGCACGGUCAGCAGGACAGCGAACACAGAUCCAAGGCCUGGGCCUCGUUCUUAAAGGGUGAGGUGUCUGUGCUAGUAUGUACGGAUGUUGCGGCGCGAGGCUUAGAUGUGGACGACAUCGAUCUGGUGGUACAGUACGAUUUCGCACUGAACGCCGUCGAUUACCUACACAGAGUAGGUAGAACGGCCCGUAAUGGCAAGCAGGGGGUGGCUGUAAACCUGGUUAAUGUCGCAGAUGAGGCGCGAGCGAGUGCUAUUGACAAGUUUAAUGCCGUAGGGAUGGAACCGGUGUUUAGUCGGAGGAGGAGCUUUCGCAAGCACAUCAAGAAACAGGCAGAUAGAAUCGCUGGGCGUGUGUGAGUACGGGUUGAAUAGCACCCACCGUGCUUUAAACGUUUACAGAAAUUGCUGAGACAAUUGGGCGAUAGGUUAUCGAGAUCAUUGGGCCUUGUCUGGAAGGGCAUCUGCGAGAGUUGUGACUCACGACGCCUACGGAUGCAUGUGACCAAGAACGUUUACGCUAUCUGUAUCAAGAAUGCAAGAGAGUGUCCUCCUGCUUUCUGAGAGGGUUCGGUGUUGCCCGGCCUACGUAGUUAUUUGGGUCAUUGGGAGAUCUCAACUCCUGGUGAUAUGUAUUUUGUAUUCCCCCCCCACACCACACAUGUCUAUCUAUUUGUAACAGUCAUACUCCUGGACCACCAGAACCCCUCCCCGCUCCCUUAAUGAUAGACUAGGCAUAUACAAACACAGGGCAGCAUGUGCUAAGGACAAUAGUCGAGGGGUGGUGAGUGUAUACAUGCGGUAGACAAGGUACUGCAUCAUAGUAGUAUGACUACAAUUGCUAGAGUGAAAUAUCAUGCUACCAACCAUUUACGACUUAAUUACCAUCUAGCACUUGGUCUUAUUCUAUCCCAGGCUUGGAAAAAGCAUAUUCUCAUUCAUUCCACAUAUGGCACUAUAAUCAUGACUGUCCCACCCCAAUAGACUAAUGUGGUGAGGAGCAUCUGAUACCGACAGGAUAGCAUCUAUGUUAGACCCCCCCCCAAAAAACCCCCUAAAACCCCAUUUGUCAUCUGAAUCUGUGAAAGGUAGAUUGCCCUUUUUUUUUACACCUAUACCUUGGAAAACAUGAGUCAUCUGUCUAUUACACAGUUCAACUUCAAAAUAAAAGAUUCUUCUAAAG